GCGCCUAAGUCACAUGUUUCACAUGUUUGAAAUUCGGUAUACUGAACUGUGAUGUGACCCGGCUCCAGCUACUACCUCGUUUUUGUUUGGAAAUUUUUACUCACGUGUUUUAUUUCAUAUUAUUUAAUUUGUGUUCACUAACUAUACAUACAAUGGGUUUUGACCGAGGUGGCCGUGGUGGUGGACGAGGAAGAGGUGGUGGUGGCGGAGGUCGAUUUUCAGGAGGUGGUGGACGUGGUGGUUUUGGCGGUGGCGGUGGUCGUGGUGGUGGCGGCGGUAGAGGAGGUGGUUUCCGUGGCCGAGGAGCUGGUGGCCGUGGUGGCGGUGGCCGAGGUGGUGGUGGAAGACCAUCUGGAGGACCUGGAGGCUUUAAAGGUGGUAAAAAAGUUAUAAUUGAGCCUCAUCGUCAUGCCGGAGUCUUCAUUGCACGCGGUAAAGAAGAUGCACUUGUUACUAAAAACAUGAUUCCCGGAGAAACCAUUUAUGGUGAAAAAAGAAUUAGUGUAGAUCAGACUGAAGGAGAUAAAAUUGAAUACCGUGUAUGGAAUCCGUUCAGAUCAAAAUUGGCUGCUGCUAUUUUGGGUGGAAUUGAUGAAAUCCAUAUGCCACCAGGAUCAAAAGUAUUAUAUUUAGGUGCUGCUAGUGGAACAACUGUAUCUCAUGUUUCUGAUGUUGUAGGCCCAGAAGGACUUGUAUAUGCAGUAGAAUUCUCACACAGGUCUGGCCGUGAUUUGAUUAAUGUUGCUAAGAAAAGAACUAAUAUCAUUCCUAUUAUUGAAGAUGCACGACAUCCACAUAAAUACAGAAUGUUGAUUGGGAUGGUAGAUACAAUUUUUGCUGAUGUAGCUCAACCUGAUCAAGCUAGAAUUGUUUCAAUUAAUGCACAAUAUUUUUUAAAGAACGAAGGACACUUUGUAAUAUCCAUUAAAGCUAAUUGUAUUGACAGUACAGCUGAACCAGCUGCUGUAUUUGCACAAGAAAUUGAGAAACUAAAAACUGAUAAGCUGAAACCAACUGAACAGCUUACAUUGGAGCCUUAUGAAAGAGAUCACGCUGUCGUAGUUGGCGUAUUUAGACCAGUUCCAAAGGCAAAGUAAACCUCAACUAUAUGAUUUUUAAUACAUUAACAAGUUUUUGUACAAAUACUCAAUGAGACCAAUGUUUUUACUUAAAAAAAAUAAGUAUUUUAUUGCUAAUAAAAAUUGGAUUUUUAUUUUAUAAUA